AAUGUCUGGAAUAACUCAUGAUGCUCCACCCCCUCAGGUUUAAAAUACAUUAGCAGCCAAAGACCCUCCAGCUGUACAAUCAGGUGAUGACUAAUAUUAAUAACACCAUAAUGAUUCAAGUAAUCAUUUAGACUGUUUUAUGGUGUUGGCAAAACAAUUUUUUUAAAACUUUGAUUACUGUCAUAAAGAUGUAUUUGAUUUAAUUCGAUUAUAAAGAAACCCCAAUAACACCAGGGGAAUGUAGAAAGUGUGUUGUGCAUGCUGGAGAUAAAACUCUAGAAAGCCAAUUGCGUUUUUUGUAGCGUUACGCAUCAGUGUCUCCCCGUCUCUCCCUCCAUCCAUCUCCAUAUGACAAUAUGAUUGUGAAGAAUAAAUUAUGCGACUCCUGUAACCAAGGACCUCAGUCUUGACUGACAGUUGAUGGGCGGGACCGAAGAAAACUUUCCAGCCCGGUGAUUCGCUAAACGGAACAUUUUCCAACUGUCAGUUUCCUGCUGCCGCCUCCCUCCCUCUGGCGCGCGGCUCUCCGGGAAUCCAAUGGUCUCCGGUUUUUUCCUAAAAGCCCAAACACCUUCAGUCUAAGGGCUGGGGCUAAGGGAGAGAGGAGCAGGAGGGCCCAGUUUGGCUCUAAAGAAGAAAUCAGUACUGUUUUUUUUUAAACUUAUGGCUUUGUUGUAGUAACAGAAAUUACCAUCACACCGUCCUUUUUGUGUAUUUGUGGAAGGAAAAGGACCAACAUUUUGUCCUGAAAAGUCGCCCGUUUUUUUUUUUUAAGUUUUGGGUAGCUGAGUGAGUGACAAUGGAGAUGCAAAGAUGGUCCACAAGGUGGAAAACGAAAAGGUGGCUUUGGGACCCCACUCUAACCACUAUCGUCACGCUCACUUUCUUUCUGCAAGCCGUCAAUGUCCAAGCAGCUGAUCCAGUGGAUGUACUCAAAGCUCUGGACUUCCACAGCUCCCCGGAUGGCGUCCGUAAAGCCACGGGCCUCUGCGCUCACCGGAGAGGAUCUAAACCCGACGUAGCCUUCCGCGUGGGAAAACAGGCCCAGAUCAGCGCUCCCACCAAGCAACUCUUCCCAGGAGGAGUGUUCCCAGAGGACUUCUCAGUGAUGUUCACCAUCAAGCCCAAGAUGGGCAGCCAGUCCUUCCUGCUGUCUGUGUAUAACGAGAAGGGGGUACAGCAGCUGGGUGUGGAGGUGGGACGCUCCCCUGUCUUCCUGUACGAAGACCAACAUGGGAAACCUGCGCCAGAGGAGUACCCACUGUUCAGAUCCAUCAACCUCGCUGACGGCAAAUGGCAUCGCGUGGCCAUCAGUGUAGAGAAGAAGAGUGUGACCAUCAUCGUGGAUUGUAAGAAGAAGCUGAGCAGGCCCCUGAAGAGGAGUGACGGGGCAGCCAUCAACACUGACGGCAUCACCGUGUUCGGAACCAGGAUUCUGGAUGAAGAAGUCUUUGAGGGAGAUGUCCAGCAGCUGCUGAUUGUUGGCGACCCGCGGGCAGCAUACGACUACUGUGAACACUACAGCCCAGACUGUGAAACACCUCACCAGGAACAGCCACAGGCACAGGAACCAGAGGAAGAGUACAAUUCAUACGACCUAGAAUACAGUGAGUUCUAUGACUACAGUGAAGGAGGAGUAGCCACUGAAACUGCCCCAACCGAAGGAGCCAAACCUGCACCUGAGGCUGCCGCUGUGGAUGCUGCCGUUGUGGACGGAGAAGACACAGCCUACGACUACGGCACAGUGGACAGCGCUCAACCAGCUGAGAACCCUACAGACUCAACCUCUCCGAUCCUGAACUAUGACGAGGAAAUAGUUGACGAUUACGUCACAGGAGUGAAGGAGGUCGGCGCCGACCCUACGGCUGCUGCAGAAACCGGCUCAGACACCAAAGGUCCCGACCCCGGCGAGAACUCGUACGAUUUUAAGGAGUACGAUCUGAAGGAAUACGGUGACACUAAGGAGAUUGAUAUGAAACAGACAUACGAGUAUGGGGAUUAUGGCGACUACGGCACCGGCGAGUCCAAACCCACCGCCUCUGUCUCGGCCUAUGAGGAUGAGUUUGGGCCCGGCAUACCCGCUGAGACCGAGACAGAGUCUAGUAUGGGAGGAGGUGGUUAUGGGGGUGAGAAGGGAGAGAAAGGAGAGCCCGCCGUCAUUGAACCUGGGAUGCUGAUUGAAGGACCCCAAGGAGCCCCAGGCCAAGCUGGCCUCCCCGGCUCCCCAGGCUUGCAGGGUGCCCCUGGCCCACAUGGAGAUCACGGUGACAGGGGUCCUCCAGGGCGUGCUGGUAUUCCUGGUUCGGACGGAAUUCCUGGUCCUCCAGGUACCAUCCUGAUGCUGCCAUUCCGUGCUGGUGGAGAGGCACAUAAGGGACCGGUGGUGUCAGCUCAGGAGGCCCAAGCUCAGGCUAUCCUGUCUCAAGCCAGGCUCACCAUGAGGGGUCCCCCUGGGCCAAUGGGAAUGUCAGGAAGAUCUGGGCCUUUGGGUGGACCUGGAGCUAACGGACUGAAGGGAGACGGCGGAGACAACGGCCCUCAGGGUCCCAGAGGUCUUCAGGGUCCAACUGGCCCACCUGGGAAGGCAGGAAAGAGGGGACGUAAUGGAGCUGAUGGUGCCAGGGGUAUGCCAGGAGAGUCAGGGGGCAAGGGUGACCGAGGUUUCGACGGGCUCCCAGGUCUCCCUGGAGAGAAGGGACACAGGGGUGAGCUGGGUUCCACCGGCUCUCCAGGUGCUCCGGGAGAGGAUGGCCAGAGAGGCGAGGACGGUGAGAUCGGACAACGUGGUCUGGCAGGAGAGAGCGGACCUAGAGGUCUGCUUGGUCCUAGGGGAUCACCUGGGACUGGUGGACAGCGUGGUCUCGCUGGACUGGACGGCCAAGCUGGUCCCAAAGGAAACCAGGGCCCACAAGGAGAGUCAGGGCCUGCAGGACAGCAGGGGAUACCUGGACCACAAGGUCUUGUUGGUCCUCAAGGCCCGAUCGGACCGCCUGGUGAAAAAGGACCGUCAGGUCGUCAGGGAUUGGCCGGUCUGGCUGGUGCCGACGGUCCUCCUGGUCACCCAGGGAAGGAGGGUCCUCCAGGAAUUAAAGGAAGCGUCGGUCAUCCUGGUCCUCAGGGUUCUAUUGGCUACCCUGGCCCUCGCGGUGUCAAGGGUGCUGAGGGCGUCAGAGGUCUUAAAGGUGGCGGAGGAGAAAAGGGAGAGGACGGUUUUCCAGGUUUCAAGGGUGACAUGGGCAUCAAGGGAGACAAGGGAGAGCUCGGUGUCCUAGGGGUCAGAGGUGAAGACGGACCUGAGGGCCCCAAAGGUCGUUCCGGCCCCAACGGAGAGGCUGGCCCCAUCGGGUCGGCUGGAGAGAAGGGUAAACUUGGUGUCCCCGGAUUACCCGGUUACCCAGGAAGACAAGGACCUAAGGGCUCCAGUGGCUUCCCUGGGUUCCCCGGAUCCAACGGAGAGAAAGGAGGAAGGGGUAUCGCUGGUAAAUCUGGACCCAGAGGACAACGUGGCCCAACGGGUCCCCGUGGUGGAAGAGGUGCCAGAGGACCAACUGGAAAGCCAGGUGCUAAGGGAACAUCAGGCAACGACGGACCUCCUGGUGGACCAGGAGAGAGAGGGCCUCAAGGACCCCAGGGGCCUGUCGGCUUCCCAGGACCUAAGGGACCAAACGGGCCCCCUGGUAAAGACGGAAUGCCUGGUCACCCUGGACAGAGAGGAGAGACAGGUUUCCAGGGAAAGACUGGCCCCCCUGGGCCUGGAGGGGUGGUAGGACCCCAGGGACCAACAGGAGAGACUGGCGGCAUCGGAGAGAGAGGACAUCCUGGCUCCCCCGGACCCCCUGGAGAGCAAGGCUUACCUGGAGCUGCUGGGAAAGAAGGAGGAAAGGGUGACCCAGGUCCCAUGGGUACGUCUGGGAAGGUUGGCCCAGCCGGGCUCAGGGGCUUCGCAGGACAGAGAGGUCUUCCUGGGGCUAACGGUCCAGCUGGUUUGAAGGGAGGUGAAGGACCACAGGGUGUCCAAGGCCCCAUCGGUUCUCCUGGAGAGCGGGGAGCUGCCGGUCCCGGAGGUCCCAUCGGUCUAUCAGGACGCACCGGACCCCAGGGAGGCCCUGGUCCAGCCGGAGAGAAGGGAGGCCCGGGAGAGAAAGGUCCCAUGGGACCGGCUGGACGUGACGGUAUCCAAGGUCCAGUUGGUCUUCCUGGCCCUGCAGGCCCCCAGGGGCCCCCUGGAGAGGAUGGAGACAAGGGAGAGGUUGGUGAGCCUGGCCAGAAGGGAAGCAAAGCAGACAAGGGUGAACAGGGUCCUCCUGGUCCAGGAGGUCUUCAAGGUGUCAUCGGAGCUCCUGGUCCUGCCGGUAGUGAUGGUGAGUCAGGACCCAGGGGUCAGCAGGGUAUGUUUGGCCAGAAGGGAGACGAAGGAUCCAGAGGAUUCCCUGGUCUACCUGGACCCAUCGGACUGCAGGGCCUGCCAGGUACAUCAGGAGAGAAGGGAGAGAACGGUGACGUCGGCCCAAUGGGUCCACCUGGUCCGCCCGGUCCCAGAGGUCCCCAGGGUUCUAGUGGAGCUGACGGUUCCCAAGGCCCUCCUGGUGGAGUGGGUUCUAUGGGAGGCAAUGGAGAAAAGGGAGAGAGCGGUGAAGCCGGCAACCCUGGACCAUCUGGAGAGCCUGGUGGUGGAGGCCCCAGAGGAGAGACAGGGGAGAAGGGAGAGUCAGGACCACCUGGAGCUGCUGGUCCUGCAGGCGCCCGCGGACCUGGAGGAGACGACGGCCCCAAGGGCAACCCUGGUCCCGUUGGCUUCCCUGGAGACCCAGGUCCCCCUGGAGAGCCUGGAGUUGGUGGAUUGGAUGGCUUGGCUGGAGACAAGGGAGAUGACGGAGAGGCUGGUCAGCCUGGCCCAUCUGGUCCUUCUGGAGAAGCUGGGCCACCAGGACCACCCGGGAAGAGGGGACCCAUUGGACCGGCCGGUACUGAGGGAAGACAAGGAGAGAAGGGAUCUAAGGGUGAGGCUGGAGCCGAGGGGCCUGAUGGUAAGACUGGACCUGUCGGACCCCAGGGGCCCUCUGGUAAGCCCGGACCUGACGGCCUGCGUGGAAUCCCCGGCCCUGUUGGUGAACAAGGACUUCCGGGUGCUUCUGGAAUGGACGGACCCCCUGGACCUAUGGGACCCCCUGGUCUUGCUGGCUUGAAAGGAACUCCUGGGGGUAAGGGAGAAAAGGGUCACCCAGGUCUGAUUGGUCUUAUUGGGCCGCCUGGUGAGUUCGGAGAGAAAGGAGACAGAGGUCUGCCUGGACCCCAGGGAACUGGUGGAGGCAAGGGAGACACUGGUGUUGGCGGUUCUGCUGGUCCCCUUGGCCCUCCUGGUCCUCCUGGUAUUCCUGGACCUGUAGGUUCCAAAGGGUCAAAGGGAUCAACGGGUGGAGCUGGCCAGAAAGGAGACACUGGUGUGAUCGGACCACCCGGAGCUCCUGGUCCUCCUGGUGACAUCAUCCAGCCGCUGCCCAUCCAGCAGGCGAGCAGGAAGAACAGACGGCAGGCGGAGGACGACGGCGUGCAGGGCGACGCGGCGGGAGGCAUGGCGGACUACGGCAUGGAGGCCACAGCGGACAUGGAGGACGUGUUCGGUUCCCUGAACAACCUGAAGCAGGACAUCGAGAGGAUGAAGUUCCCCAUGGGAACACAGGACAACCCUGCCAGGACCUGUAACGACCUGCACCUCAGCCAGCCUGACUUCCCUAACGGUGAAUACUGGAUCGAUCCUAACCAGGGCUGUACUGGAGACUCCUUCAAGGUCUACUGUAACUUCACCGCUGGAGGAGAGACCUGUAUCUACCCCGACAAGAAGUCCGCUGGCGUCAGAAUAUCUAACUGGCCAAAAGAGGCUCCAGGAUCAUGGUUCAGUGAAUUCAAACGUGGAAAAAUAUUGAACUAUGUGGACAUGGAGGAGAACACCAUCCAGACGGUCCAGAUGACCUUCCUGAAGCUGCUCAGCUCAACGGCCCGUCAGAACUUCACCUACAUCUGCCACCAGUCUGUAGCCUGGUACGAUGCCAAGGCAGACGGCUACGACAAGGCUCUACGCUUCCUGGGCUCCAACGACGAGGAGAUGUCCUAUGAUAACAACCCCUUCAUCAAGGCCCUGUCGGACGGAUGCUCUCUGAAGUCGGGCUAUUCCAAGACGGUGAUGGAGAUCAACACUCCGCGCAUCGACCAGGUGCCCAUCAUCGACGUCAUGUUUAAUGACUUUGGCGACCCCAGCCAGCGGUUCGGGUUCGAGGUGGGCCCUGUCUGCUUCAUGGGCUAGGACCUGACCACCCCGUUAACCUCCUGACCCCUGACCCCACACCCCCCGACCAGCUGAAGGACAGGGUUAGACGGCGUUCUGUUCCAUGCAUGCCUUGUACUGCUGACUGAGUACCUGACAUCAAUCAAUCACCCUAUUCUCUCCUAGACCUAACCUGGCCUUGCCUCAAGUGCUCCAAACCAAACCUGUGUUUUAUAUCAUUGAUAUGAUCAGACCACCAGUAUCAGACCACAAGUAUCAGACCACCAGCACGCUGCCCUACCCCCUAUAAAACGACGUGCCCCCCCCCGCCCUAACCCCCAUAGAACAAUGUGCCCCCCUCCUCUGCCCUACCCCACUAUAGAACAAUGUGCCCCCCUCCUCUGCCCUACCCCCCUUAUAGAACAACGUGCCCCCCUCCUCUGCCCUACCCCCCCUAGAGAACAACGUGCCCCCCUCCUCUGCCCUGUCAUAGAAGCAUUGUCCCAGGGGAAUACUCCUCGCCCUUGUAGGGCCAAUCGCAUAAUGACUUUAACUUGUAACGAGAGGAAGUGACAUCAGGAAUAAAGGACGUUUGAUGCCGUGGAAGGACAGUGGCGCACUUUCAGCAAACAGAGGGAGGAACCCACUCACCCCAACCCUCAAUACCUAUUUUUCUCUCCCUUGUCUCCCCUCUCCUUACCCCUUACCUUGAUUAGAGGGAGGAUCCACUCACCCCACCCAAGCCCCCUUUCCUCCCCUCAUCUCCCCACUCGUCCUUACCCCUUCACCCAACCUAGAGAGACGUUCCACUCACCCCCCAACCCCCCUUCCUUCCCCGUCUCCCCCCUCGUCCCUCCCCCAGCCCAGCCUCCCUGUCUGGUAGCUCCAGUGCUGCUCCAGAUACAACCACAGAGGUGCUUUUGUGCGGAACACAGAACACCAAAGGUGCUACAAAAAAAUGCAUUUUGAAAAACUGUAAUUAUUAUUAUUAUUAUUUUGUACAAUACUGUUCUCUUUCUGAAUCUACUCUUCAAAAAAGAAACUUGCAUGUGUACCAAAACUUUUAAUAAUAAUGUUUGAAAUAAAUGUCGGUUAUACUAUAUAGAAAGUAAAUUUGCAAUAAAUAUAUUUGUUUGUGUUAAAUAUCUGUUGAGAAAUAAAUGGGUAAGUAAGUAAUACUAGGUUGUUGUGUUUGGGAUACAGUGUAAUAUCAGCCAUUGAAUACAAAUAAUUAUGAAGAAUCUCCUUUGUAAAUAUUGACCAUUAUAAAGCACUUACAGCAUUAUUCUCACUCUCCAAGACUAUACUAUACAGUAAGGCUAUAUACAUAGUAGCCUCAUAUACGGUAAGGGUUAAUAAACCAAACUGGACUACAACAACAACCACCUCAAACCAUGUUGUCUCAUAACUGACUUGUGUUGUUGUUUUAAACUAUUCCUUCCUGUUUUCAUUAUUUGUGCCCGGUAAAUCAAGAAUUUAAGAUUGCAAGAGUAAUUUAAAAUGAGUAAUGUGAAAAUGUCCACAAAGCCAGUACAUAUGCACUCAACAAGCUUCUUCUGCCAGAUAGAUUUUAUCCCACAGAAUGGUAUACCUCAAUCGCUCUAUGUACAUUAAUGUUGAGAUGCUAUAGGAUGGAUGACAAACCCUGUAUAUACCUUGAUUUAUACAAUUAAGUUAAUAUAUUUGGGUGGGGAAUUUUUUUUAAAGGAAAGAAAAAUAAUUCUUGUCUAGUUCCUAACAGUUUGUGAAUGAUGGCAAAUAAAUUAGCCCUUUAUAGUUAGACCGUUUCUGUAACAGUAAAUGAGGAAGUGUUUUCAUGUGCUUUUGAUGGUUGAUUCAUAUUAAAACUGGAUUCUGAACAAUG